CUUUUAUAACAUGGUAUGAUAACUUUUCCAAAACCUAGAAAUGCGACUAGACACUGUCAAAUCCCCAUUGAAGAAAUGAAAGGGAUGAUAAACCUUUUUUCCCUAUUGAAAUGCUUCAAUGGAUUUCGCGAUCAUACGCAGGUAUCGGGCCAUGGCACGAGGAUUUGGAACCUUAGCGACAAGCCAGUCGAGCUUCAGAUAAGGGUGGGAUCAACAUUGAAGAGAGUUCACACUUUGAAGCCUAAUUCCUCAAAGAGAUUGAAAUGUAAGAGCGUUUAUAAGUCUUACAUGCCGGCAGCUGCUGCUGGUGGUGGUGGUGGUGGUGGAGGAGGAGGAAUGAGGAACUUGUUGUAUUACUACGAUGAGACGUGUCAGCCUUACAUUUGGAUACAUGACACUGGGGGUACAUUUUCGAGGAUGGUGAAGCAACAAUACAUUAGCCUGGAUGAUUUGAGAGAUUGUUCGGAGAUCAGAGUUUUCAGAGACCAUCAGAGAGGUUGCAUAUCAGUUCGGAAGAAACCGAGUCUUCUUAAGUUAGAACUCGUGUCAAAAGAUGAAAUACCGUACCUAAUGCAAGAUUGUACGACUUUCUUCACCUCUACACAAUCUCUCUCUCCGGUUUUCCUUCAUCUCUCUCUCUCUCUCUCUCUCUCUCUCUCAUCUAACAUGGGCACUUCAUCCAGCACCAACAGAAGAAACCAAAACCCAAGCUACUACCAAAACCCUCACCACCACCAACCUCUUCCUUCUCAACAACUUGCUUCAUAUUCUGAUCCUUACCCUGCGCCCACUCCCUUCGCCUAUUCUACGCACCCAUCCCCUCCGAUUUAUAACUCCUACAAUCCCUCCUACAAUCCGGGCCGCCCCAAUUUGGUCCCCUAUUACGCACCCAAUCACAACCACGGUGGGUGGGCCGGAAUUCGGCCUCCUCCCGUCUCGGUCCCGCAACCGCCGCCACUGCCGCCGCCGCCGUAUGUGGACCACCAGCAGGCCAAGAAGGUCAGGAAUGACGUGAAUGUGCACAAGGGUACGUUGCGGCUCGAGGUCGAUGAGUUCAACCCUGACCAUCAUUUGGUGUCGUUCGUUUUCGACGCCUUGAUUGAUGGGAGCUUUACUAUUUUUUACUUCGCCAAGGAAGAGUCCAACUGUAGAUUCGUCCCGUUAUAUCCUGAAGUCUGUGAGCCAUUUAAGUUUCCUUUUCAGAAAGGAGUUCGCCAGAAAUUUUCUCAACCUUCUGGAACAGGCAUUGACUUGGGGUUCUUCGAGUUGGACGACCUUUCCAAACCAUCAGCAAAAGAAGAUGUGUUUCCACUUGUAAUAUCUGCCGAAACAUGCUUGCCUUCUGUUCCUACCAAAGGAAGUCUUGAUGAUCCUUCACCAAGUUCAUCCCCUCGUAUGCAGAUUACACAGGCGGUUAUACAGAAGAAUGAUCAGACAGGUUUUCAGGUGAAAGUAUUCAAGCAGAUAUUAUGGAUUGAUGGGAUCCGGUAUGAGCUGCGUGAGAUAUUUGGAAUUGAAAACUCAGCUGCUGAAAGCUUCAAGGAUGAUGACCCAGGGAAGGAGUGUGUCAUUUGCUUGACUGAACCUAAGGAUACGGCUGUCCUUCCAUGCCGACAUAUGUGCAUCUGCAGUGAGUGUGCAAAAACAUUGAGGCUUCAAUCAAACAAGUGCCCCAUUUGCCGUCAACCUAUUGAUGAAUUCAUUGAGAUCAAGAUCAACGAAGCUGAUUAGUGACCAAUCCCUUUCUUCAUUUCGGAUCCUGUUGUAUGGUACGACUGUUUGGUUCUUUUCUUUGCUUCCAAUCCUGUUAUAUAUGUGCUCUAGCUCUUUUAGUGUUAUAUCAUAUCUGCAAUUCUUUAUGCUGAUCCUUGUUCACAUGGUUCUGUACAUAUAAAGGGUGCAGUCCUGCCUGAUUUUGUUGCAUGUUAUUUGACGAGGGUUGGUUUUAUUUCCAGAAAACCUCUCUUGCAUAGAGAUAAAGUGGAAAUGUGCUUUCUUUUUGUUUGAAAUCCUUGAGAAAUAUAUGAUGUCUGAAUAAAAGUGUUUAAACUCCUUCCUUUUC